UCGGGAGCGGAAGUUGGCGUUCUGUUUAUAUCUAUUCCUCGGCUCCGUGUGACCGACUGUCCUGCUGACACSGAUCCGACCAUGAGCUCCGCUCUGCGGCCUACUCUUCUAUUCCUCCUCCUCCUCCUCGGCCUCUCCUGGGCCGGCCUCAGCUCCUCCUCCUGCCGGGUCCAGAUCCCUCCUCACGACCAGGUGGCCCGGGUGGCCCGCUUCGUCGCCCACCAGUGUGACUGGGCCUCUAUGGCCACCAUCUCCAGCCACAAGCCGGUGGUGGGUCAGCCGUUCUCCAACGUCUUCUCGGUGAGCGACGGGCCCCACGGAACCAGCUCCGGGGUCCCGUACAUGUACCUGACCCACAUGGAGGUGUCGGUCCAGGACCUGCAGGUGAACCCCCAGGCGUCUCUGUCCAUGUCUCUGGCCCAGACUGAUUACUGCAAGCAGCAGGGCUUCGAYCCUCAGAGCCCGCUCUGCGCUCACAUCAUCCUGUCUGGAUCCGUCCUGCAGGUGAACGGGACCGAGGCGGACUUCGCAAAGAAAGCUCUGUUCAGCCGACACCCAGAGAUGAUCGACUGGCCCACGGACCACAACUGGUUCUUCGCCAAAUUCAACAUCACUCAGGUGUGGGUGCUGGAUUACUUCGGAGGGGUGAAGGUCGUUUCUCCAGAUGAAUAUUUCCAGGCGGCGCCACACAGGAAGCACCAUUGACGGAAUCAACCUUCGACCUGGAGUGAUGGCGAUGAUGAUGAUGAUGAUAACGAUGAAGUCAUCCUCAGCCAGUUCUCUUCUUCUCUUCCUCUUCAAAUUGUUCCACUUCAGCUUCCUCGGAUCAAUCAAUUAAUUAAUCAGCACUAAUCAAGUGGCUGCUGAAUCAGAGAGUUUUAUAUCAAAUUAUAGACUUUAAAUCAGAACAAUAUUAAUCUUUUUGACACAUUUUGGCUUAAACAUGAAUAAUUAAGGAUAUUUAAACAUUAAUGAACACAMAAAAAUAAUUUUGUUAAACAGAAAAAAUAUGAUUUUACAAAAUUGUAGUUCCGAGCUGUCACCACUGGGGGGAGCUAUUGGGCUGAUUAUUAACGCCAUUAAAAUCACUUUAAAGAG